GCGAUCCCCCGUGUAAGAGUGAGGUGGAGGAGGACAUUCCAGUCCAUGUGACCACAGGAAAUCCCAGUAAGAACUCUGAGGGAAACGCCAUGUUAUCACUAGACUAUAAAGAAGAUGAAGAUACCAUGCAGCGCUCUUCAGGAGAAAACCUCUUUACCUGUAAUGUACACCCAGAACCUUACAGUGCAGAUCUGUCAUAUAAUCCUCCUAAUCAUGAGGAACCUUCUCCUGACCGAUCACAGAUUGUUACCACAAGGGCCAGGCAGAAAGGGGGGAAAAGGUUUCAGUGUGACGAAUGUGGAAAACAGUUUACAAAAAGCUUAAAUCUUAUUAGACACACAAGAAUUCACACAGGAGAGAAGCUAUAUUCAUGUUCAGUAUGUGGUAAGUGUUAUACAAAUGAAUCAGUGCUGGUACAACAUAAGAGAAGUCACACAGGAAAGAAGCCGUAUUCAUGUUCAGAAUGUGAGAAAUGCUUUACAUAUAAAUCAGAUCUUAUUAGACAUGAGAGAAGUCACACAGGAGAGAAACCAUAUUCAUGUUCAGAAUGUGGGAAAUGUUUUACAGAUAAAUCAGAUCUUAUUAGACAUGAGAGAAUUCAUACAGGAGAGAAGCCAUAUUCAUGUUCAGAAUGUCAGAAAUGUUUUACAGAUAAAUCAGAUCUUAUUAAACAUCAGAGAAUUCACACAGGGGAAAAGCCAUAUUUGUGUUCAGAAUGUGGGAAAUGCUUUUCAAUUAAAUCAUAUCUUGUAAAACAUCAGAGAAUUCACACAGGAGAGAAGCCAUUUUCAUGUUUACAGUGUGAUAAAUGCUUUACACACAAAUCACAACUUGUUAGACAUCACAUAAUUCACACAGGAGAGAAGCCGUAUUCAUGUUCAGAAUGUGGGAAGCGCUUUACAGAUAAAGCAAAUGUUAUUAGACAUGGGAGACGUCACACAGGAGAGAAGGCUUAUUCAUGUUCACAAUGUGAGAAAUGUUUCAUACAUAGAACAGAUCUUGUACAACAUGAGAGAAUUCACACAGGAGAAAAGCCAUAUUCAUGUUCAGAAUGUGGGAAAUGCUUUACACACAAAUCGUAUCUUGUUAAACAUCAGAGAAUUCACACAGGGGAGAAACCAUAUUCAUGUUCAGAAUGUGGGAAAUGCUUUACACACAAAUCACAACUUAUUAGACAUGACAUAAUUCACACAGGAGAGAAGCGGUAUUCAUGUUCGGUAUGUAGAAGAAAUUUCAAAACUAAAUCAACUCUUGUGAAACAUGAGAGAAUUCACAAAAGAGAGAAGACAUUUUGAUGUUUUGUAUAUGAAUAAUAUUUUAGAAGGAACACAGCAAGGAAACCAUAAUGCUGUUGAGAUGGUAGGAAAUGUUCUUUAUUCAGAAAAGCCUUGAGGAUGAAUUGUCCCCAUGAUCCUUGCUUCUUCUUACUAUAUUCAGACCUACACUGUGGGAGACUUCAGAGGGACAUAGUGUAAGGGGAAGGACUACCCAUGGAGAGUUUUAUGAGUUUUAUGUGUUGUAAGGGUACUUUACAUACAUAAUUACUUACUGAGUGGUUCUGUUUCAUUUAAUUCUGUCCCCUUUAAUUUUAACCUCUAUAUGCUGUUUAAUGGUAUUCCUUGUAAUGUAGUGAGUUAGGGAUAGUUAGAUAACAUACCCAAGCCUUCUGCUGUGCUGAGAAGGCCACAUUCUACCUCAGAGACAUAUGCACUGUGCACCGGACAUCCUUAGGAGGAUCAGCUAAAAGGUGUAAACUUUGCUGCACACAGACAGUUAAUUGGAACUCCACUGAACAUCAUCCAGGUAGGAUGUUGUAGGUCUGUCUCUUGUAUCACCAUGGGGCGCCAGCCAUGUGCUACGAAAUCGCGACUGGAGUCCCCCACAUAUUGUAUGUGCAGGCCAUGUGAUUAUCUAUUCUGUAUUUAUUCUGUAUGUGAUUUGACUGUUUUACCUUAUUUUUAUCCACAUUUAGUAAAAAUUGAUAUCACUUA